UGCAAUGUACACGUAAUCCCACCACUCACUGGGGGUUCGAAUUCUAAAAUGGUUUUUGGAAUCCAUCCUUCCGAGAAAGAGGGAAGUGACAGAUUCGAACUUAGUUGUCUCUGUUAACAAUCGAAACGAAUCUCAGAUUGGUUACCGUAAGAAUUGAGAGAUCCGAUUCUCUCUUGGUUUCCGUUUCCAAUGGCGAUUCGGUGGUCAGAGCUAUGUAUCGCCUUGUUCGCACUCUCUUACGCCAUCUGCGUCAUCCGAGUCUUUAGCUACUACGAUGUGCUGCAAGUGCCGAAAGGUGCCUCUGACGAACACAUCAAGAGAGCUUACAGGAAACUCGCUUUGAAGUAUCAUCCCGAUAAGAAUCCGGGAAACGACGAAGCCACUCGCAAAUUCGCUGACAUCAACAACGCUUAUGAAGUACUAUCGGAUGAGGAGAAGAGGGAGAUUUAUAACAAGUAUGGUGAAGAAGGUCUUAAACAGCAUGCUGCUAAUGGUGGACGUGGAGGUGGAGGUGGGGGCAUGAAUAUGCAGGACAUCUUUAGCCAGUUUUUUGGUGGUGGUGGUUCAACGGAGGAAGAAGAGAAGGUUGUCAAGGGUGAUGACGUCAUUGUCGAACUUGAGGCCACUCUUGAAGAUUUGUACAUGGGAGGCUCUAUGAAGGUAUGGAGGGAGAAGAAUGUAAUAAAACCAGCUCCUGGAAAGAGAAAGUGCAACUGCAGGGAUGAGGUUUAUCACAGGCAAAUUGGUCCUGGAAUGUUCCAACAGAUGACAGAGCAGGUCUGUGACAAAUGCCCAAAUGUUAAGUUCGAACGCGAAGGAUACUUUGUCACAGUUGAUAUUGAGAAAGGAAUGAAAGACGGAGAAGAAGUGUCUUUCUACGAAGAUGGUGAACCCAUUCUAGAUGGUGAACCUGGUGACCUUAAGUUCCGAAUCAAAACUGCACCACAUGCUCGCUUCCGGAGAGAUGGCAACGAUCUACACAUGACCGUCAACAUUACACUGGUUGAGGCCCUAGUUGGUUUUGAGAAAUCAUUCAAACACUUGGAUGAUCACGAAGUUGACAUCAGUUCCAAGGGAAUUACAAAGCCCAAGGAAGUGAAGAAGUUCAAAGGAGAAGGAAUGCCACUUCACUUCAGCACAAAGAAAGGCAACCUCUUCGUCACUUUCGAGGUUUUGUUCCCUUCCUCUCUCACUGAGGAUCAGAAGAAGAAGAUUAAAGAAGUCUUGGCUUGAAACUACUCUCUCUCUCUCUGGAUAUUUGAAAUUUGGGUUUAAAUAGAACUUUGAUGAUCCUUUUAUGUAACACGACUAGGUUUUAAUAUAGAGAAAAGGGGAGGGAAAAAGGAAGAUGAGAAAAGCCACAAGGAGGUUUUGAUC